AUGAAACAAAAAAAGAAUAAAUCAUAUAAAGAGAGUUAAGAAGGUAAGGUUAGCAAUUUGAUAAAGAAAUUGGAGAGUAAUUUAAAAGUGAAUGAAAAGAUCAAUAGUAUGAUAAUGAGAUUGGAUAAAUUAAAAUAAUAGCUUAGUGUUCAACCUUAAAGUUAAUAAAAUUUAAAAGAGACAAUUGCAUAAUAUGAAGUAGCAAUAUGUAAUUAUGAGGAAGAGAGAAGAGUAUAAAAUCUUACAUUAGAAGAGAGAAACAAAAUAUUAGAAAAUAUAAGUGAAUUAAUACAUCAGAUUGAAGUAAAUAUAAAAUAUAAUAAUUAGCCAUUGCCUGCAUAUAAUUUAAAUGAAAAGAGAAUUCAUAAAGAUUUGAAGAAUCUAAAUCGAAUAGAAGAGAAUUUUUUGAUAUUGAGAACAAAAUCAUAAGAUGAAUAAUUUAUAGUUGAAUCUUCUAGAAUAAUAUGUUUAGUCGUUGAAAAGAAAAAUAAAAUAAUAAUGAAGAUCGAUAGAACAGAUGAUGAAAACCAAAAUAUGACUUAUAAAAUGCAAUAAUUAAAGAUUAAUGAUAAAGAUAAAUAGGUUGAGACUCCAACUAUGUUACCUGAAGAAAAUUAAGAUUAUGGUUUAAUAAAAGAGGAAUAAAAUUAAAGAAAUUCAUAAUAAUCAUUAUAAAAUAUAGGAGAAAUAAAAUAGGAAUCAGAAAAGAAUUUAAAUUAAUUUGAAACUCCAACAAUAGGUAGAGAUUCUGAAUAAAGUGAUACUAAGAUGAGUAAUGAAAAUCUAGAAAGUUAAUAAAAUAAUGAAGAAUAAAGAAAUGAUAAUAAAUUAAAUUAAGAGAAAGAAUAGGUGUGUGAAAAUGAAAAAUGUUAAAUAUGUUUUGCUUAAAGAAGAAAAUAUGUAGCUAUACCUUGUGGACAUUAUAUUUAUUGUCAAAAUUGUAAAAAAUUAGUUGAAUAAAAAAUGAAAUGCUUACUAUGUAGAUAAAAUGUAUGUUAAAUGUUCGAAGUAUAUGCAUGA